AUGCCCGCCGAAUUCACUGAGAUCUCAAAGAGUUCAUAUGAACUGAAUAGGGGAGGCGGUACUGCUGUCGAUGAUACUUGCAAGGCGACAUUAUGCUGCCUGUUUAGAAGCAGCCAUAUCCAAGACCCUGUCUACAUCUAUGCGCGACUCGAUGUGGAACCUAAUCGUCAGCCGUGCCGACAAGUGGAUAUCUGCUCCUUUGCGUUCCAGAUGCCAGAGCGAGAGCGAGGUCCCCUCCUUCACACUGACGUGCCAAUGAGCGCACCAACUGUCGCAUGUCACGUCCCUGAUCCACUCAGGAACAACUCGUUGUCGCAGCUGACGGCCAGUGAGGUUCCAGAUUGCGGCAUCACGGGGUCACACAAGGACAAUUCGGAGGCAUGUAGUACUAGUACUAGUAGUGCAGAGUUGUCGGACCAGGAAUAUGAAGCAGUUGGCUGCAGCGAGGGAGGAUGUACAAAGUCGUUCAGUGAAAAAGACGGGAGAUUAAGGGGCAUUUUGAAUGUCGUUGAUGAGAAUCUGCAGAAUAAGUUGAACGUUGAUGCAUUGAUUCCUGAAUACGAGGCUCUAUCCUCCGCUGUCGAUGUCUGCCAACCGGGCUGGCUUCUGUAUGUGGGCGUUGCGUAUGAGGAGACAGAUCAGUCACGAAAUGAAAACCAACGGAAGGCGCGCUAUUCCCCGUAUGCUUUGGUGCACAACGGCGACGGGAUCUGGGAAGGUACAAUAGAGAUGGAAACUGCGGGCUCGAUGUCGGAGUCAUCGCCGGACCGGCAUCCGGACACUAAUACCCCAUUCACCGCCACCGUUACCACUACUACAAACCAGUUCGUGUACCCAUUCCUCAUUAUCUCGCCGGGCAUUUGCGACAUGAGGAAAGGUUCCGUCCACCACCACCACCCACCACUAAUACCUCACAUAUCGCUCUUUCUCCAUCUCCAAGUCUCGUCUUCACCCUCCAACCAACUUCAAAUGGUACCCUGGUUGCAACGUGGCCACAAGACGGUCACGGAAAAGCUGGCGAGCUCGGGGGUAGCGCAAAAGGUGGUGGAAUUACAGUUUGCUACUCGGCAGGGAGUCACGUCCUGCGAGAUGCAACCAGUAUCCGUCGCAGAAAGCUCCCCGUUUAAUGUGGAGAUAAUGGAGGACGCCAUAGGUGCAAAGGAUUCGAAGCAGCCAGAUAACGAGAAACAGAUAUGUUCUACCACGGAACUGGGCCUUGCAUCGACUAAGAGCCAAGGAGAGGACCAUAGAACAAAAAUAUUGAAGAAAGCGAAGGUGAUCCUCCUGUCGAGAUUGAAUGAUAUUAUGGCGUAG